GCGUGAGGAAUCAAUCCGUUGAAAGCACGGAGACAUUAGUCAACACAGGGUAAAUAUGUUGAACUAGAUAAAAAUUGUGAUGAAUGACACUGUCCUCGGCUCAGCUCCGUUUGUUGGACUCAACUAACCGUUAUCACGGUUAACGCUACUGUGUUUCGUUCGCGAAUUUUAGCUAAACGUUAGCUUUUAACUAACCUCAGCUAACCAGCUGACUGUCUCAGCUCGGCUUGGUAAAUGGAUCCCACGGAGGACUUGUCUGCUCGGGUCCUGCUGACAAAUAUUCUCAGCACCGAGACACCCAGGACUCCCAUCACCCGCAGUGCCUCCAAAACACAGAGAAGCAGCACGACCAGAAGCAGCAACAGACUGAGCAAGAAAGAUGCUGGUGCCCAAACCCCACAGGACAUUCUUAGACGCAGCCUGAGACAUAAAUUACGAGAGAGUAUAACCAGGCAAUCCCUGCCUGCUCCUAAAAGGAGGACUGCCUCAGUCGUGCUCAGAAAAAUAAACACACCAGCCACAACCUCAGUGCUGUUUGAUGAUGCAGACACACCGAGGCACAUACUUGGGAACAUCCUGCGGACAGAGCCUGCAAAGUCUCCUGUGGUUCAUGAGAUAGCUGCGCCAGAGGAGCCCGAGCCAUCAUCAGACGACUCCAACACUACGAGGAAGCGUCCUAGUAUUGAGCUGUCAGGGUUGGACUUGCCUGAUCUAACUAUUGGCAAUGUAGUGAGUACCGCAAAGGGACUGAGCAGGAAGAGACCACGUCGGAGCCUUAAUGUGACAGCUUUUGAAAAACGUCUUAAAGAUGGAGAAGAUGUUGAGGAGGAAAAUGAAGAAUCAACAGAUGACCAUUCGUCACUGUCUUUGUCAAGUUCCACUUCUCUGAGUCUAAAAACACCCUUUGUGGACGUUCGGACUGAGAAGAAGGGCCUGCAGAGAAGAGUUUCUAACCGUCGAAAAAUCACAGUAGAAGAAUUUGGUGCUGCUGUGAAUAAACGGGAGAUGGGAGGAGUGAGCAGUUUUAUGCAGGUGGAGCGUGGCCUCAGUGAGACCGCCCACUCUGAGGGCUUCACUUUGGGCCUGAGCAAACUCAGUGAACCUGACAUCACGACCGAUAUCCUCCACUGCAACACGGCUCUCUAUGCCCAGCCUGAUGCCAUGACCUCCAGCUUUUCCAUUGUCGCAACUCAGGACAAACUGACGGUGAUGGCGUCUCAGCUACAGAGGCAGAUGGAGCAGGAGGAGCAGAUGGAGGUAGAGCAGAGCGAGCCAGGGAAAGAGAAGUCGAUGUAUGCAUUUCCAACCGAAGAGGGGGCUGAACCUCAGAGUGAAGAACGUUUUACGGAUACAGAUGCAGCAGAAUCUCAAAAGGAGGGAGAGAAAAGUACAGCUGAGCACCGUGUGAAUGAACGGGAUGUUAGAGGUGAGUCUGAGGAAGAGGAGGAUGGGGUAGAAGCUCAAACAGAGGAGGAAGAUGCAGCUGAUGCUCACACUGAAGAUGACGCUACAGCCAGGUCUCAGUCUGAUGAAGCUGAGGCUGCAGCAGAGCCUCAAACAGAAGAAGAGGAAGAUGCAGCUGACUCUCAAACUGAAGGAGAGCAAGGUGGAGUUGACUCCCAGCCUGAAGAGGAUGUUGCCGCCAUGUCUCAGUCUGAGGAAGAGGAGGUUGCAGCAGACUCCCAAACUGAAGAGGAAGAAGGUGCAGUUGACUCCCAAACUGAAGAAGAGGAAGGAGGAGCAGUUGACUCCCAAACUGAAGAAGAGGAAGAAGGUGCAGUUGACUCUCAGUCUGAAGAAGAGGAGGAAGGUGCUGUCGAUAAUCAGUCUGAGCAGGACAUUGCAGAAAAUCAAAGUGAUCAAGAGGAUCCUGCAGCUACAUCUCAAUCUGAGGAAGAGGGUGAUUUGGCUGAUUCUCAACCUGAGGAUGAGCAUGAUGGGGAACUGGAGGAGGAAGAUGGUGAGCAGCCACCAGAACAGCUGGAACACAUCAGUCGAAGGGCUCAACGCUCUGAGGGUGGACUCAUUGUGCCCGUCACAGAGGCAGAGGGAGAUUUGGCAGACGCCACAGAGACAGGAUGGUCCGAUGGCAAGUCCAAAGCACACAGCAGCCUGGGAAUGGGAGACCAUGAGGGCGACCAGCUUCAUAUUGAGGUCCCUGACUUGUCCGAGUCCUCAACCCCGAGACACACCGACGCUUCCUACACAGAGGCCGAGCCCGACGCUGAUAAAGAGGACUCCUUUAAACUUCCAGAGGUGACGCCAGAUAUUGAAGACAGUGGGCACCUAAGUGAUGAUUCACCUGAGGAAGCUGCUGCUCAGGAUCCUGCUGAACAGGAGGAAGAGGAGUGGGAGGAUGAAGAUGAUGAGAAUGGUGAGCUCCCCAGCAAGACUCCAGCAUUUGUCAAACAGAAGAGGAACUUUCUCCAGGCUGAUCCUCAGGCCUCACCCUCUGUGUUAAAGAAUAUUCAAGCCAGCAGCAGCACAGGUGACGCUUCUCCUGCACCUAAGCCAAAGCAAGUGAGACAGAGGAGGAGAGGCCCGGCUAAAAAGGAGGCAGGCCUUCCAAAGAGCUACCUAAUGGCCGUGUUCAAGCACUUUGCCAAAACGAAGGUGUCAGCAGAUGUGUACCCUGUCCUACAAGACAUAAUGGAUAAAUACUUCGGCCGGCUGGCUGAGGACUUGGAGACGUAUGCUGUUCAUGCAAAAAGAAAAACAAUAGAGGCUGAAGAUGCUGAGCUGCUGUUGAAAAGGCAGGGUUACGUGAACGACAGGGUACCAGUGGAAGUGCUCAUUGAAAAAUAUCUUCGCAUGGACCAGCGCAAACUCCUCAUCCCCAUAGCAACCAGCGGGAAUGUUGUCAUCCCUAAAAAGAGAUGAAUAUUUUAUUUACAGCUUCAUUUUGUCGCUACACAUUUGACCUACACUGCGUUUGAUUUGGAUGAGUGAUGUCAGAAUAUAAAUGUUUCUGUAAAUGUGUAAAUAGUUGUUAUUAUUAUCUUUAUUACUGUACUGUGUGGGGUCGAGUGUGAGUAUAUAUCUGUAAAUAAUAAAGCACUGGUUGGUUGACAACAGUGCUUUAUUAUCAGUUCAAUGGUGUUCAUUAUGUCUUAAGUUUCUGAUAAUGACUUUAGUUGUUCUCUUAUCUCAGACCUGUCAGGAUGUUACAUAUCUUGAGAUGCUUCGGCAGAAACUUCCGCCUUCCUCAGA